AUUAUGAAUGUUACUACAUGACAUAUAUACUUACAUCAUGUAUAUAUUACAUGUUAUUAUGAAUGUUACUACAUGACAUAUAUACACGCACACACACGUAUACACGCACACACACACACAAACAGACACGCCCUUAGUGCGUGACGACCAAUCAGUGGCGCCGUUACAAUGAUCGACGUCAUUGGUUGUCGCGGCGCCACUGAUUUCUUCCAAUGAGGCGUCAACAAGCAAAAGUAGCCAAUGAUCGCGCAGGAAGGCGGGACUUAACCAGGAAGUGGAGCGCAUUACAAUGAGCUCGCUCACAAUACAAACGACUAUGAUGUCAUUGAAAUGAACAUUUUGCGUGACUACGUACUGGCGUGUUCCCCGCGGCUUUAAAAGAAACACGUCCCGCGAGUGGAGGAUGGAGAGGGAGGGGCCGUCCUCGUUAGGGCCACCAAGACCGGAUGGAAGCCUCACUCGGACACCCAGUCACGUGACUUAGUCAGGCUCGGACGUCUUCGGAGAGUGACAGGUCGUGCAGGACCAUCUUGCUCUCCGGCCGCCUACCACAAGGCAGAUGAUGAGAUGUCAGGCAGCAGGUCACAGGCGGAGCCCCUAGAUGCCACCGCACGCACCGUGCUGCUCAACCACGCCCAGGCCACCAAGUUCUGUGACAACCACGUCAGCACCACCAAGUAUGGAGUCCUCACCUUCCUUCCCCGCUUCCUCUACGAGCAGAUCAGGAGGGCCGCCAACUCCUUCUUCCUCUUCAUCGCACUCAUGCAGCAAAUCCCUGACGUGUCCCCGACGGGUCGCUACACCACCCUGGUGCCUCUCAUCUUCAUCCUGACGGUGGCGGGCAUCAAGGAGAUCAUCGAGGACUACAAGAGACACACGGCAGACAACACCGUCAACAACAAGAAGACCACAGUGUUGCGUAACGGAGCAUGGACCACCAUCGUGUGGAAACAGGUGGCAGUAGGAGACAUCGUGAAGGUGACCAAUGGCCGCCACCUCCCGGCUGACAUGGUCCUGGUGUCGUCCAGUGAACCUCAGGCCAUGUGCUACACCGAGACCUCCAACCUGGACGGUGAGACCAACUUGAAGAUCAGACAGGGUCUUUCCCUCACCGCCGCCUUCCAGACCUUGGAGGAUCUGAUGACCUUGUCCGGUCGUCUGGAGUGCGAGGGUCCAAACCGACACCUGUACGACUUCACCGGGACUCUGCGGCUGGACAACCACAAUCCUGCUCCUCUAGGUCCAGACCAGGUCCUGCUGCGUGGCGCCCAGAUCCGGAACACGCAGUGGGUGGUGGGGAUCGUGGUCUACACCGGCCACGACUCCAAGCUGAUGCAGAACUCCACCAAGGCCCCGCUGAAGCGCUCCAACGUGGAGAGAGUCACUAACAUGCACAUCCUGGUCCUGCUGGCCAUCCUCAUGGUCAUGGCCCUCAUCAGCUCUGUGGGCGCCGCCAUCUGGAACACUCAGCACACACAAACAUCCUGCUGGUACCUCUCACGCGGCGGAGACAUCUCAGCUAACUUUGCCUACAACCUUCUGACCUUCAUCAUCUUGUACAACAACCUGAUCCCCAUCAGCCUGCUGGUCACCUUGGAGGUGGUGAAGUUCACACAGGCGCUCUUCAUCAACUGGGACAUGGAGAUGUACUACGCAGAGACCGACACACCUGCCAUGGCUCGCACCUCCAACCUGAAUGAGGAGCUUGGCCAGGUGAAAUAUUUGUUUUCUGACAAAACGGGCACCCUCACCUGUAACGUGAUGACCUUCAAGAAGUGCACCAUCGCUGGCAUCACCUACGGACACUUUCCUGAUCUCGACUGUGAUCCAUCCAUGGAGGACUUCAGCAACCUGCCAGCCAGCAGCAACAACUCCACAGACUUUGAUGAUCCAACUCUCAUGGACAACAUAGAAAAAGGACAUGCGACGGCUCCUCACAUCUGUGAGUUCCUGACCAUGAUGGCGGUGUGCCACACGGUGGUGCCGGAGCAGGAGGACCAGCAGCUGGUCUACCAGUCCUCCUCCCCAGACGAGGGCGCCCUGGUGAAAGGAGCCAAAGGUCUGGGCUUUGUUUUCACCGCCAGGACGCCCAACUACGUCAUCAUGGAGGCGCGAGGCAAGGAGCUGAGCUACGAGCUGCUGAACGUUCUGGAGUUCUCCAGCAACCGCAAGCGCAUGUCGGUGGUGGUGCGGACCCCCCACGGCAGGCUCCGCCUCUACUGCAAAGGGGCGGACAACGUGAUCUUUGAACGCCUCACGGAGGACUCGCAGUACAAGGACUUGACCAUGGCUCACCUGGAGCAGUUUGCCACUGAAGGCCUGAGAACUCUGUGCUUCGCCUACGUGGACUUGGAGGAGGACGCCUACCAGGACUGGCUGCAGGACUACACCCGGGUCAGCACCGUGCUGAAGGACCGAGCUCUCAAACUGGAGGAGUGUUACGAGCGGCUGGAGAAGAACCUCCUGCUGCUGGGGGCCACCGCCAUAGAGGACCGCCUCCAGGCUGGCGUCCCUGAGACCAUCGCCACUCUCAUGAGGGCCAACAUCAAGAUCUGGGUCCUCACUGGAGACAAGCAGGAGACUGCCAUCAACAUUGGUUACUCGUGUCACCUGAUCACACACGGCAUGUCCCUCAUCAUCAUCAACGAGGACUCUCUGGAUGCGACUCGUGCCACGCUGACCAAUCACUGCUCGUCUCUGGGAGAGUCUCUGCGCAAGGAGAAUGAGUUGGCUCUGAUCAUGGACGGCCAGACUCUGAAGUACGCACUUUCCUUCGAGCUGAGACACGCCUUCUUGGACCUGGCUCUGUCCUGCAAGGCUGUCAUCUGCUGCAGGGUGUCUCCCCUGCAGAAGAGUGAGAUCGUGGACAUGGUGAAGAAGCAGGUGAAGGCCAUCACACUGGCCAUAGGUGACGGUGCCAACGACGUGGGUAUGAUCCAGACUGCUCACGUGGGUGUGGGCAUCAGUGGCAAUGAAGGCAUGCAGGCCACCAACUCCUCCGACUACUCCAUCGCACAGUUCUGCUACUUGGAGAAGUUGCUGCUGGUCCAUGGAGCGUGGAGUUACAACCGAGUCACCAAGUGUAUUCUCUACUGCUUCUACAAGAACGUGGUGCUCUACAUCAUUGAGCUGUGGUUUGCCUUCGUCAAUGGCUUCUCGGGUCAGAUCCUGUUUGAGCGCUGGUGCAUCGGCCUCUACAAUGUGAUGUUUACUGCACUUCCUCCCUUUACUUUGGGGAUCUUUGACCGUCCGUGCAGCCAACAGAACAUGCUUCGCUUCCCUCAGCUUUACCGCAUUACCCAGAAUGCAGAGGGCUUCAACAGCAGGGUGUUCUGGGGUCACUGCAUCAAUGCACUGAUUCACUCCAUCAUUCUCUUCUGGUUCCCUCUCAAGAUGUUGGAGCAUGACUCUCCCUUUGACAACGGCCAAGGCAACGACUACUUGUUUGUGGGCAACAUGGUUUACACGUAUGUGGUGGUCACCGUCUGUCUGAAGGCUGGCAUGGAGACCACCGCUUGGACCAAGUUCUCGCACCUGGCAGUGUGGGGCAGCAUUGUCCUCUGGCUGUUCUUCUUCGGGGUCUACUCCGCCAUCUGGCCCACCCUCCCCAUCGCCCCCGACAUGCUAGGCCAGGCUGCCAAGGUGAUGCAGUGCUGGUACUUCUGGCUGGGUCUGGUCCUGGUGCCCACCGUCUGUCUGCUCAAAGACUUUGUCUGGGCCUCGACACGUCGCAGCGUCAACAAGUCUCUCCUGGAGGUGGUUCAGGAGCUGGAGGCGCGUGCCGUGGACCCGGGUGCUGCUGUGUUGAGGGACACCAGCGGGCGCAGUCUGAACGAACAAGCCCAUCUCCUGACAAGAGUUCGUAAGACAGCGUCCAGUCUAGGACGCUCCAAGUCGGUGCAGAAAACUGUCACCCACGGCUACGCCUUCUCCCAGGAGGAACACGGUGUGGUGUCUCAAUCCCAGGUGGUGCGCUCAUACGACACCACCCGCCAGCGGCCCAGCGUUUAGCCACGCCCCCCCCCCAGGACCUCAUUUAGCCACGCCCCCCAGGACCUCAUUUAGCCACGCCCCUUUAGGGCCUCCUUGACGUGGCCUUACUGGGACCCUGACCUAACUGCUGCUCUUAGUGGACAUGAUGGCGAUACUCUUCCAUCAUCUCAUGAUGGCGAUACUCUUCCAUCAUCUCAUGAUGGCGAUACUCUUCAAACCUCUCAUGAUGGCGAUACUCUUCAAACCUCUCAUGAUGGCGAUACUCUUCCAUCAUCCCAUGAUGGCGAUACUCUUCAAACCUCUCAUGAUGGCGAUACUCUUCCAUCAUCCCAUGAUGGCGAUACUCUUCAAACCUCUCAUGAUGGCGAUACUCUUCAAACCUCUCAUGAUGGCGAUACUCUUCAAACCUCUCAUGAUGGCGAUACUCUUCAAACCUCUCAUGAUGGCGAUACUCUUCCAUCAUCUCAUGAUGGCGAUACUCUUCAAACCUCAAGUUCCGCCCACGCUUGGCAUGACACGUCCAAUCAGAGACUGAUGAUGACGUUUAGCCUGUGUUGGAUUUAUGGUGUGUGUGUGUGUGUGUGUGUGUGUGUGUGUGUGUGUGUGUGUGUGUGUGUGUGUGUGUGUGUGUGUGUGUGUGUGUGUGUGUGUG